UUUCAACUCUGUUAUUCUGUGAUUUUGUGAUUCUAGAAAUCUUGCCUUGUGAAGAGAGAAAUCGUAUAUCAGGCAUGGGCAAACUUCAGUCUUCAGUUCCUACAAUUCUUAACAGCCGGUUGGGAGUGAAGUCCAAAGCACCUGGAGGGCCAAAGUUUGUCCAUACCUGGCAUAUAUAAUCUAUUUGUAUGCUUUUGCAUUUGGUUUUUUAGGUACUUCUGGUAGUUGCAGCCCUAUUGUAUGGUUGUUGAUAGUUACAGUAACAGAUUGGCAAGAAUGGAUCUCCCUGCCUCAGACUGUGGUGGAGGCUGUUAAACAGAGGCUGGAUUGUCAUUUGUUAAGGGGGCUUUGAUUGUGCUUUUAAACAGAGACUGAAUGAUCAUCUGUCAACUCUGUUAUUCUAUGAUUCUGUGAUUCUAUAAAUCUUGUCUUGUGAAGAGAGAAAGUGUAUUUGAUUCUUUUGGUACUUCCGGUAGCCGCACCCCUAUUGUAUGGUCAUUGAUAGUCACAGUAAGUGAUUUAUUUGCUUCCCCAUUCAAACAGAUUGGCAAGACUGUCAAACAGUGCUGAGAGCUGUUCAGCAGGGGAACUCUUCCUUGGACAGUGGUGGAAGCUUUUAAAUAGAGGCUGGAUGGCCAUCUAUCAAGGGGACUUUGAUUGUGCUUUUCCUGCAUGACAGGGGGUUGAACUAGAUGGUCCUUGUGCUCUCUUCCAACUCUGUUAUUCUAUGUUUUUGUGAUUCUCCAAAUCUUGUCUUGUUAAGAGUGAAAGCAUAUACUGUAUUAUCUGGGUUGCUGUGGGGUUUUCAGGCUGUAUGGCCGUGUUCCUGUAGCAUUCUCUCCUGAGGUUUUGCCAGCAUUUAUGGUCGGCAUCCUCAGAGGCUUGUUCAGAGGUCUGUGGAAAUGAGGCAAGUGGGGUGUAUAGAUAUCUGUGGAAUGAGGGGAGGGGGGCGAAUAUAUAUCUGUGGAGAAUAUUAUCUAUUUGUAUUUGGUUCUUUUGGGACUUUAGGCAACUGUGCCGCAUUGUGUUGUAACUGACAUGCUCAAACCUUCAUGCUCAAACCAAUAUCUAGAAUGGUUAACAAUUGCUGAGGUAAGCGCUGGGCUGAUAGGCAUCUGCCAUGCCUUGUUCAAAUGGGAAGCAUCUUGGUCGAUAUGGGGACACUUUACAAAGAAAUGGCAUGACAUUAUAUGGCUGUGUGAAAGAGCCCUCAGUUUGCUGGGGCGGAGUUUUAGCUUGAGUGGAUUACUGAAGCCACUUUUUAAAGUUUAAGAGUGAAAGAAAGAGGGGCGAGGGGACUUUUUAAAAGAAAGUAUGUGUCUAAUGAAAUUGCCUGUGGUCAAACUGUCCAUGUGCAGGGAUGGUGCUUUAGUUGUAAUGGAACAUUGAAACCUCUCCCUAAAGUUUAAGGAGGACAGUCAGAGGUGUGGUCACUUUAGGAGCCCUUUGCCCUGAUUUUGAUGAUUUUUGAGACCACCCGUCUUUUUAGAUGGUAUGGGGAAAAUUCAGCCUGAAACUUCCUUUGUAUGGACAGCUGCCUGAUAAAACAUCUCAUAGUGUUUAUCACAGUGCUGCUCAGUGCUGUUUUGAUUUGGCAAGAAGGAGGGCAUUUGGGUUAGCAUCGUUAUGAUGUCAUGGAGGCAAACGCCUGGAAAGAUAAAACUUACUGUUAGUCAUUUGAGUCUCAAAUCAGCAGUCAGCUGUCUGUUGCAUUGGCUGCUUGCGCUUAACUACGUUUCAAUUUUGUUCUGUGUCCUCUUGGAGAACCUGUUAUGCUUCGGAUGCUUUAUUUUGAGGAAGAAGCGAAGCAUGGUUUCAUUCUAACAUUUCUUCUCAUGCAACUAGGUUCAUGCGGAAAACUUUUGGGGAAAGUUGAUGACCAUGAUCUGUCAAGCUCUCUAAAGGAACAGCAUGGAGAUUGGCACUCUGAACUGUUAAUGCGGUCAUGGGACUCAUGUUGUCAUUGAUCACUUGUGUGGAUUUAACCAGUGAGGAGCAACAGAAUCUGAAAGAACGGCAUCAAGAAUUGAAACAGGACUGAAGGACAUCAAAUCUUGUGUUUUUAAUUGCUAUCUGGGAGAAUGUCUGAACAGGGUAAAGCAGGGAAUGAUCAGGACUCGGCCAUCUCCCAGCAAGAGAAUUGCAUCCUUGGCUCAGAGUUAGAUGAAGAUGGCAAAUCAGACCAGAAUCAAGAUGCUAGCCAGCAGAAAAAAAGAUUUAAGUCAGGAGGGAAGGGGAAACUGGUACGAAGUCUGGCUGUAUGUGAAGAAUCAUCCCCUCGUCUGGAAACAGAGAAUGAUAAUCAGGAAUCAAUACAACUACAACUUUCAAGUUUCCCCAGCCUACAAGAAGAGGAUAAAUCUAGUAAAGAUGACUCUGAGAAAGAAAAAGAGAAGGAUAAAAACAAAGAAAAAGAUAGAAACAUUGAAAAACCCAAGAUAAGAAUGUUGCCAAAAGACUGCAGCCAAGAAUACACAGACUCCACUGGAAUAGAUUUGCAUGAAUUUCUGGUCAACACAUUAAAGAAUAACCCCAGGGAUAGAAUGAUACUGUUAAAAAUGGAGCAGGAAAUUAUCGAUUUUAUUAAUGACAACAGUAAUCAUUAUAAAAAGUUCCCCCAGAUGUCAUCGUAUCAGCGAAUGCUUGUGCACAGAGUGGCAGCCUACUUUGGCAUGGAUCACAACGUGGAUCAGACUGGGAAAUCUGUAAUUAUCAACAAGACCAGCAAUAUGAGAAUACCAGAGCAAAGGUUUUCUGAACAUUUAAAAGAUGACAAAGGUGAAGAAUCCCAGAAGCGAUUUAUCUUGAAGCGAGAUAACUCUAGUAUUGAUAAAGACGACAAUCAGCAAAACAGAAUUCAUCCAUUUAGAGAUGACAGACGAAAUAAAUCAAUUGAAGAGAGAGAAGAGGAAUAUCAGAGGGUGAGGGAGAGAAUAUUUGCACAAGAUUCAGUUUGCUCCCAAGAAAACCUUUUUGUGGACAACAGGUUUUUGGAAGAUAACAUAUGCAGUGAAACUAUUAAAAAAAGACAGCUCUUCAGAGGUAACAGAGAUAGCACUGGAAAGACAUCUGGCAGCCGACAAAGCAGUACAGAUAAUGAAUUGAAAUGGCCAGACCACCAAAGGCCUUGGAGUAGCACAGAUUCUGACAGUUCCAAUCGCAAUCUGAAGCCAGCCAUAACAAAGACAGCAAGUUUUGGUGGAAUAACGGUUCUGACAAGAGGUGACAGCUCAUCAAGUAACAGGAGUACCGGCAAACUGUCUAAAACAGGUAGUUCGGAGUCUUCCAGCAGUGCUGGGUCCUCAGGAUCUCUCUCACGAACACAUCAGCCUGUCCAAAGUGCAUCCAUUGUCCCUGGAGUAACAGCCACCUCGUCAAGCAGUGUGUCCUAUACAGAAAAUGGGAUAGGUGGUCAGGUAGUACCAAGCAACACCAGCUAUAUCAUACUUCCACUUGAAGCUGCAGGGAUACCACCAGGAAGUAUUCUGCUCAAUCCACAUACAGGUCAACCAUUUGUAAACCCUGACGGUACACCUGCAAUAUACAAUCCACCCAGCACCCAAAAAACUAUUAGAAGUCAGAUAGUUGGACAGUCUCAGCAACUGCCUUCCUCCCAGCAGCCUGUGCAGCAGCCACAGCAACAAGUUACAAGUCACCUUGUCACACAGCCUGUUCAAACUCUACAGCCCUCCUCACAAUCCAUGCAGUAUCCAACAGUUUCCUAUCCUCCUCAGCAUCUCUUGGCAGUGUCUCCAACACAGCAGUUUCCUGUGCGAGAUGACAUGACAACACAGUUUAGCCAGAUGAGUUUAAGUCGUCAGUCAUCAGGAGACAACUCAGAUUCACCCUCUGGUCCUGUCUACCCAUCAUCUAUUAUACAGCAGUCCUCACAGACUGGUUACGUCAUGGCAUCUCCCAGCCAGCAGCUCCCCCCAGGAAGCUUUACAAGUUCAGGACCACCAGUAGCCCAACAAGUGCUUCAGCCCCCGCCUCCACCACAAGGUUAUGUACAGCAGCUGCCGUCUGCUCAGAUGCCUGUGUAUUAUUACCCAUCUGGUCAAUACCCUACCUCAGCAACUCAGCAGUACAGACCCAUGGCCUCAGUUCAGUACAAUGCGCAACGAAAUCCACAAAUGCCACAGACUGCUCAGCAAACAGGUUAUCAAUCUGUCUUGCCUAAUCAACAACAAGGGUUCCAAGGACUCAUGGGAAUGCAACAGUCUACCCAAAAUCAGAACCUAAUGAAUAUUCAACAGGGAAAUCAGGUGCAAGGCAUGAUGCUCCAGUACCCAACCAUGUCUUCUUAUCAGGUGCCAAUGACCCAGGGUUCUCAAGGACUGCCGCAACAGUCUUUUCAGCAGCCAAUCAUGCUACCUAAUCAAUCAGGUCAAGGAACACUUACAGCCACCGGAUUGCCCGUUUACUGUAAUGUCAUACCUCCUUCCCCACAGAGCAAUCUCCGGCUAAUAGCACCGCACUGUCCCUCCAAUAAUGUUCCAGUUAUCUCUGCCAACUGCAGGACAAACUGUGCAAAUAUUAACAAUACUGGAUGGCAGGUCAAGUACUGAAACUGUGAAUUUGUAGUAGAGAUAUAUAAAGGUAACUGUGCUUUUUACAAAAAGCAAAUGACAACUAUCUCAUGGCCAUCAAAUGAAAAGAGGAGCUCAACAGGAGUAAUGAGUUGAGAGGCAUAGAGACAGUGCUGCUGAAGAGACAUAAACAACAACAACAACAAGGUAAUAGGUUGUUUGCUGGUUAAUGGUGCAUAUUUUCAUCAUGUCUGCUAGGUAUGCUUUUAUAGCUUAGCUAGUGACAUGAAAUCAUUGAGGUAAGAUUUUUUUUUCUACCACUGAACACCACUGUGUAGAUUAUAAUAUCCCUAAUUCAGAUUAGUUUUGUACUUUGUGUUGAGUUUGUGAAGCAAAAAGUAUUUAAAAAUAUAAUAGAACCACAUUGUACCAAAGUUGUAAUGGACAUUUUUAAAAAAUGUUGAAUGGAAAAAUUUAUAUACACUAUAGAGUUUUUUUAUGGAUAUCUACUGUAUUGUAGUGUUAAAUCACAAUAAAGCUGCUUGACCUCAUAAAGAAAGGUCAGCUUUCUACUCCC